CGUGAGGUUGGUAUCAAAGCUGAUUCGUUUCGGCUCCGAGGUUUUUGUAGGACGAUUACCCUGUUUUAAAGUUUUUCUUUUUGAUCUUUUUAUUAGAUUUUUCGCCUUUUUUAGUAGGCUGGCUCCCUGUCGACGGAGGCCCGCGAAUAGCAAUCUGAACCGAGCGAGAGGCCGGGUUCGGCGUGCGCCUAUCGCGAUGGUUGACCCCGGGAUUGGGGGUGGAAACGACGGCGACAACCACGCGGGGAUGGCCGAUCAUCCCCUGUAUUGUGUACCUCCUCCCUCCGAAGUUCCCAUUUUUUUCGAAGAUGACACGGACCCUCUCACCUGGCUAGCUGCCUUGAAAGCCCAGGGCCGGUCGGAUCAGUUGCUCCGAGAACGAAUCCCCGGAAGGUUAGCCGAAACCGCUUUUGAGUGGUAUGGACAUAACCCCUUCACUAAUUGGGCAGCCUUCCAGAGGAAAUUUCUCGAUACAUUUGAUCACAUCGCACCAGGUCAAUGCCUCCGUUUAGUAAAGGAAUACACGCAGCAGCCUUGGGAGACCUUGGCUAGAUAUGUUGAACGUUUUACGUACUUAGCCGAACCCUCCGGGGUGGACGAGAAAAUGGUACGGACUGAUUUCGUCAGAGGAUUGUCAGAUUCUCGCCUGCGGAAAAAGAUCCGCAAGAAAUGCAACCCUAUAGAACAUACCCUGACGGAGCUAAUUCAGUUCGCCAUUAAGUAUGGAAAGGAAAAUUACGAUGUGGGCCUGGACUCAGAAUUCGACGAAGACGACCCUUCGGGUGUUCGACGCAAUAGCUACUCCGCUACGACACGAAUGUUCGAAGAUGGCUUCGGGCUGGGUCCAGCUAAAAAAGGCUCGGAUCGGAAAGCUUCGUCCUCUGCUCCGACCUCCCGUCGCUCCGGGCAGGCUCAAGGGGGCCGGGCCGAGGAAGAAGCUUCCAUGAAAGGGGUCGCGGCCCAACUAGUUACGGUAGUGGCCCCGUUGACGGAGCUUGUUCAAAGUCUGCAACGACAACACAUAGCCGCCGCACAAUGGCAACAGGCGGCUAUGGCCGCCGGGGCCCCUAUGACCAGACCGGUCGUGGUCGGGGCUGUCCCGCCCCUGCGCUGUUAUAACUGUAAUCAGCCAGGCCAUCUUGCGAAAGAUUGUCCGAAACCUCGAACUCAGAGUGGGCCCGCAGGGCCCAUUGGACCUUCCCAAAUCCCGCUGGCUGCUCCCACCGCUGCAGGACAGGGGAGGGUAGCCACGGUGAUGGAUACUGGGGCAAUGGAGAUGGUGACCCCUGCGGCCACCGAGAUAGGGCCCAAUGAAUACAUGGCUGCGGCGAUGUUCGAACAAGGGACCAUCGGGGUGAUACGUCACGUCCAACGGAUUACCGAGGAAAGCGAGCUCGGGCCGUGGCGACCAAGGUUUGAAGACCUUGCGGCGCCUAGUCCUGGAUGCAAGGAUGGCCAUAUCGACGUAUUUGAUGCCUUGAAGGCUCUGGAUCUUCGGAUCCCCAUCCCUAUUCCCUAUCUGCUAACCAUUUCCGAAGCAGCUAACGAAAAGUUGAUCGAACGAUACCUCAAAAAUAGGUGCCGAUUCGAGGAAAGUCGAAAGGGCAAAAAGCCGGUCCUACGGGACCUACCCACCAACGAGGAGUCGCAGCCCUUUACCUCAAAGGUGCACGAAACUGACCGGAUAGGAAUGAUCCAGACCGUAGACUCUGCCUCGGAAAAACCCGAGGAGCAUGAACUGCUCAAGCACUUCCAGCCGCCAAUCUCGGAUGCUCUUCUCCGGAACCGGUUCAACGACGAUCGGCAGCUGCGCUUCGACAUUCAGCAAGUGAACAUGUCGGCUCCUAGCGUUGCUGACUUGGCGGUGUACUCGCUCAUCGCGCAGCGGGUAACGUACGCGGGCGUCUAUGUGGACAUAUCGCCCGUGCAUGGUGAGGAGUCCACGAGAGUGUUCACCGAGUUCCGAGCCAUCCAGGUGGCUACGAACUUUGUGCACAACAUCGCUACUUUCACCGGGGACUUAACCGUCUUGCCCGGGCACGAUCGGGAGCCGGCGUACAGGUUCUUGUGCGAUUACGCCCUCCAGCUCCCCUAUCCUAUGCGCAACUUCCCCGACUACCUGGUGGAGCUGACGGACGUGGAGCAGUUGCCGCCCGCUGACGAGGACGUGUGGGAGCUGCAUCGGCCGCUUUAUUCGUCGGUGGUGCUGGGCAUGUUUACAUUUUUCGUGGAGCAAGAAGUUCAUAACGUAGGCGAGCUCCUCUACGUAUACUACGUGAUCGCCAAGCUGAAGCCGGAGCAGAAGGAGGGAACGGUGGCGUUUUACCCUUUUGGGAGGAUCGGAAUGAAUUGCCCGGGGCUCUUACAGCUCAUUCACAUCGAGUUGUUGUCCAUCGCACAGGGAAUCGCCGCGAAAGAAGAAGACUUGCAACUCAGACUGCGGACCGCCUCAGCCCCGUGCAGAUCGUAUAACGCGGCGGUGAUACCUGACUACCUGGCGCGUGAGGGGGAGUCCGUGGUGGACUUCGGGCACGAAGAUAAGCUGCGGCGGCCUCCAUCAUCGUAUCCAAAGUCGGCGGCCCUUAAGGCACCGAGAAAGAGAACCGUCCUGAAGCGGCGACGAAGUCCAUUGCCGGAAGCUCAGGCCAGUCGAGUGGGGGGGAGGUCGUCCAGCCUGCGCCGGUGCGCGAAGUCGAUCCGGUUUGCGAGAGAAGAGCCACACUCAUCAUCGGGCCCCGACUGGGGUAGGACUGCCCCGCCGAAGAACCGCGGAGAUCCACAGGCCAUCGGGAGUCGAUACCUCAGCGACCCCUCCUCCCCAAUCUCAAUAGCCAUGCAGCCGGGCCAUCAGGCGCAGGGGGGGGAUUGGGACGAGUUCCAUAUCCCGCAUCCAGACCCCCCCUCCUUGCAAGACUGUUCCGAUUUCGCCAGCCCACCCGGGAUACCCCGGUCAUUGACAUUAGCAGUUCCCCCGAGCCGGACAGUCCAUCAAACCGACGUGAAUCACAUGGUGGAACUGGCCACCAUCCGGCUUGAGGCCAUCGAGGGGGCGCCGCGUCCUGAUCCGGCAUGGGGGGCGUUCUUGCAGCGUCCAUUCGACGGAUGUAUAGCGGAGAGGUUGGUGGGCACGCUUAUCUACGAGACCGGCGGGCGGCCCAACAUUAUGUACCAUAUCCUGGUCUUCGCGGCGGUUAAGCGGGAGCGGAGGCCAUACACGGAGACCCAUCUGGUGCUGACGGGUCCGAUAAAUCGGCCGCUGCGACGCCGAAUAAUUCGGGCGAUCGCCGAUCUCGCGCCUCGGGUCCUCUCACAUGUACCGGGGGCUUUCCUCUACCCCUCCUUUGUCCAGCACCACUUCAAUGAAGUGGAAGUGCCAGCCAACUUGGCCACGCUCGCGUCGUUUCUCCCUCCUUUUCCGCCCUCUCUCAAUCCGGAGAUUGAUUACUUCCUAUGAUCAUCUCCACCACCACCACCUCUUUCUUUUUCUUCUUCUUUUCCGGAUCUAAAGCUCGCGCGA